CCUCCACCCCAACCCCAACCGGAGCCUGAAGUCUGGACCAAUGAAAGCAAAGUACCUCAUUUACUGGCACUAAGAACUGGCACUAUUUAAGUGGUAGCAGGAGUGGGCUGUGAAUCGCGUCUGCUUUCUCCACAAACGGGCACACUGUUGUCUGAUCUGGGGCAUCUCUGAGCUGAAGAGAGGGAACUCAGAAAGCCUGUAGGACUCCUGCUGCCGCCAUGUGCUUUGGCAAGUGUGCAAGAUACAUCGGAUACUCUCUGGUGCUGUUGGCUGUCCUCUGCAUCGUAGCUAAUAUUUUGCUCUACUUUCCUAACGGGGAGACAAAGUAUGCUUAUGAGGACCACCUCAGUCGCUUUGUGUGGUACUUUACCGGCAUUGUAGGCGGAGGCAUACUGAUACUCCUGCCAGCGUUUGUGUUCAUUGGACUGGAGGAAGAUGACUAUUGUGGCUGCUGUAGCUGUGAAAACUAUGGCAAGAGGUGUACAAUGCUUUCUUCUGUACUGGCUGCUCUCAUUGGCAUUGCGGGAUCUGGCUACUGCGUCAUUGUGGCAGCGCUGGGUUUGGCAGAAGGACCAAAGUGUAGUGAUUCCCACGGUGUGUGGAACUACACCUUUGCCGACACUGAGGGAGGGUACCUUGUGCAUCCUGAUACAUGGUCCAAGUGUCAUGAGCCUGAAAAUAUUGUGGAGUGGAAUGUGACCCUCUUUUCUAUUCUCUUGGCGCUCGGUGGAAUUGAAUUCAUUUUGUGUCUCAUCCAAGUCAUCAAUGGAGUGCUGGGAGGCAUAUGUGGCUAUUGCUGCUCCCGCCAACAGCAAUAUGACUGCUAAAAGAACACAAGACAGAACCACCCGCUUCCUUUAUUGCAUUGUAACUUGUAUAUUUUACUCGUGUUAUGAAACUUUGUACUGGUGUAUCAUAUUCCAUAUAUUCUGCUUUUAUAAAGAAAUGUGCUGACAUCUUCAUAUGAUGUCAGUGUUUGCAUUUAUCAAGCAAACUUUGUUUUAAAGAAUGAGGCAACAAACUGCACUCACUCUGGAGGUAUUUCACAGACUGAAUGACCGUUCUCAGCAUAGCUGAGAUAGACUUGUCAAUAUUUAAGAUAAAAAUCACAUUUAACUAUUGUGCAUAUGUGUACUUGUUUUUUAAAUAAAAGAUCUCCGGUUUUCUUUUCAAGACCAAGAAGAACUCCAAACCCUGAAAAGUUGUUUUUAACUGUUUACAUGGUGUUUCCCAUUUGUAUGUGUACAAAUCUCUAAGAGGCCCUCGGAGGUGAGGGAAAAGCACUUGCCUGGAUUUGGAAAUCUCACUGAAAAAGCGCUAACCCAAGUACGUGAGAGAAAACAUGUAAAGCUGCCAGUGGCUGUGAACGCUACUGGAUGCUGAAGUUUUCUAUCAUGUAGAAAACUUUUUGCCCUCCAAAGACAAAGACUGUGGAUGUCAAGAGGAAGCCAGGAUAGUUGAACAAGAAGGAAGAUGGGAAAUGGAAUAAAACAAGGUGGGGAAAUGGGAUUGGUGGAGUAGGGGUGGAAGAUCACAUGGGAAUCCCUCAAACUUGCUUGUUGUUGAACAUAAAAUGAAGUACUCUCUACCACUCAGCUGUCUUUUUGUUUUUAUGUGAGAGGAGACAACUGCUCUGGUCAGGUAAUUUAUCAGUCAUGUAGAGAGGACGUCUUCCCAGUGCUUAGGAAGAUCUAUUUAUUACCUUUUGUGGAAGACAAAGUAUGUUUCAGAGUGCAGGCUUUGGGUUCCAGAGAGCUGGUUUCUAACUUGGCAGGAUUUGAUUUGAAAGGUGACCCAUGGUGAAUAUAUCCAGUGGGACACACCAAUGGUGUGGUUCUCCAGCUCCUGCUUUUAGACCCUGUCUGUGGUCUACAGGAUGAAUGGCAUCUGUGCUGAGGUCUUCCUUUCCUCUGGGUCCUCUCCUCUGCUUUCCAUGCCUUAUCCUCUCUUCUACCUUCUUCUUUCUAUCAACAGAUGAUCACGGCUAUGCUGUCUCUUGAGGCUGUCAAGCCAGCUAGGUAUCUCUCUUUUCUGCUGGGUGCUGCAACAAUCAAACUCCUGGGUAAGGUAGCAUGUUUUUCUCUUUUAGUGCACAAACUACAUUUUUGUUUGGUUUUGUCUUGUUCUGGUUUUGUUUUGAUGUAAAAGGAUUCCUUAACCCACUGCUUGGCAGAACUACUCAGAGGGAGCUAGAAUUAUUUAUUUUGCCCACAGUUUCAGAGGUUUCAGUCUGGGGUCACAGGCUGUGCUGAUCCUAGGCUUUCGGGAAAAGUGGUAGGAGCAUGGAGAAGAGGACACUGGUCACUUCAUGGUGGAUAGGAAGCAGGUUGUGUAAGGGACUGGAGACCAGAUACAGCCUUCAAAAGCAUGUCCUCCUACAGCCCACUUCCUCCAACUAGGUUCCACUUCUAAAGUUUCCACCACCUCCUAAAACCAUCCAGGGACCAACUGUUAAACAGAUGCAUUCAGAUCAUCAUAACACCUGGGAUUUUAUACAGAGGACUUGGCUUUGGUUCAUUGUCCCGGGCAACAGACAAGAUAUCUAAUAGAGUUUUACUUGCUGAUAGACAGGAGCACUCUUCCUUUGGGCAAUGAAUCUGCUGUGAUUCCUGACCCAGAGUUCUACCAUCUUUGUGCUAUGAUCACUCUGGCAGUCUGGUGAAGCCUGAAGACUUUUUCUAAUAAUACCUAUAAACACAUAAAAUAAAAUAUAUGGACAUAAGAAGUAAAUCAAUACAUUGGACUAUUGGGGCUAGAGAGAUGGCUCAGUGGUUAAGAGCACUGACUGCUCUUCCAAAGGCUCUAGUUUUGAGUCCCAGCAUUCACAUGGCAGCUCACAACCAUCUGUAACUCCACUUCCAGUGGAUCCUAUGCCUUCUUCUGGUUCCCACAGGAAUUGCUUUCAUGUGGUGCACAGACACACAUGUAAGCAAAACAUCCAUCCACAAAAAUAAAAUAAAAAAUUUUAAGAUAGAAUUAUAUAGUAGCUGUCUUGAUAUCCUACUGUGUGGCUUCACAUCUGUAGACAAGCAGUUGUCCAUGUGUUCUAGCUAAAGUCUAGAUGCUGGAGGAGGUCUAGGUUCUGGUGAUGCUGUAAGUAAAACAACUUACACCUUUAGAACAAGAUGUUAAUUAAACUGAGAUUUUUGAGGAACCAAGUUCAGUGUGAUAUGAAAACAUAUAUGAAUACGCUAGAUCAAAAUGUGACAUUAGUUUCAAUACUACUUUGGUUAAUUACAUGUAGUCAUAAUUAAAGGAAAUCUAGUUGGCAUUUUGGUUAGAGGCUUAUAAAAAAUAAUUGCUGCUAUUGCUUUUACACUGAAGUUUGACCCCAUCCCCUAAAUAUCUACCCAUGGGCUGAUUGGGAACUCUUGGGCACAGGGUUAAAAUCUCUGCAAUAGAAAAUCCAGAAAGGCAAGAUAAAGAUCAGAAGCUGCCUGUGUGUAACCCAAUGAAGGAAAAGGGUCUGGAGGACAAAAAAUAGACUCUCUUUCUACCAGCGGGGAGGGUACAGAUGCAUAGUUCUGCCCCAGCAAACUGAAGUCUUUUAUAGACCCCGAUGCAGCCUCAAUUGUGAUUUGUGGCUUCAGUGUCGAAAAGAAUUUCAGGAUUAGCCAGUAUAAAGAUGAACUGGUGACUUGGUUAAAGAGCGUUUAAUAUAAGCUUUAAGACUGUGGGCUAGGAGAAAGUUACUCAGAAAGAAAGGCAUACCCAAGUGUCAGUGUGGACUUCUCAAGAGUGUCAGAGAGUGAGACAGACCCAAGUGUGGAUAGAGGCUUUCCAAGGGCGCAUAACAUGGUAAAAACUGGAAGUGCCUAGAGCUUGACAAGGGGUUUAGUGCAUGUCCUUUUCAUGUAGAUUGGUUUCUAAGGAGAUUCCUAGAAAACUUCAGGUUUCUAGAUGGAAAGGGAAAAAGCCUAAAGCACUUGCAGUCUGUCUUAGUUAGGGCUUUUAUUCCUGCGAAGAGACACCAUGACCACAGCAACUCCCAUAAAGGAAGGUGUUUAAUUGGGGCUGGCUUACAGGUUUAGAGCUUUAGUCCAUUGUCAUCAUAGUGGGAGCAUGAUGUCGGGCAGGCAGACAUGGUGCUGGAGAGGUAGCUGAGAGCUUCACACACAGAUUGGCAGGCAGAAGAAAGGCAGAGUGACACUGGGCCUGGCUUGAGCAUUUGAAACGACAAAGCCCACCCCAAGUGACAUGCUUCCUCCAACAAGGCCACAUCAACUCCAACAAGGUUACACCUCCUAAUAGUGCCACUUCUUAUGUGGCCUAUGGAGGCCAUUUUUAUUUAAACCACCACAGCAUCACCCUGGAAUCCCUGCUUCUCCCCCAAUGUGAGGGGCUCCUUUCCCUUCUCACUCCUCCGUAAUUUUCCACCUCCCCAUUUUGCCUCAUUCCUGAGAGACAAGGAGCAGAUGAGCUUCAGAAAAACACAGGGCAUCCAGGACCUACUGGAAAAGGAAGGUAUGAGAACCCAGAAGGGAGACCGUAACCAAGGAUGUGGAUCUGAGGGAGGCUGGGAGCCAAAAUUGCAGUGUCCAGUUCCUCCUUUCCCAAGGCAAGCAACUGUACCAAGGUUAUAAGUAAGGCGGCAGAAAGAAAGAGAGUUUAUUAAGAAUGGAUGUGGCCAGUGACCAAGGAAACGCAUGGGCUCAGAAGCACUGGGCCACAGAUCUCAAGAUCCUUCCCACCCCAUCUCAUUUUGGAAAGCUUUUAAAAAUGAAAAUUUUAUUUUACUUUUCAAGUUAUAAGCUAUGAGCAUGUCAAAAAAAAAAUACAGUCCAGUCCACACAAAAGCAGUUCCAGCUAUUCAAAAGUUAUAGAGCAUGGAGAAUGCACUCCACAAUGACUCAGUCCCAUGACUGUUAGUUGUAUGCAGCAUGGGAUUGUUCUGCACUAUGGAAACAGAGAUGUUUAGGCAUUCAAAAAUUGAGAAAGUAAUUCAAAGUAAGAGUAAGUUCACUCUGAGUAGAGCAGAAUUUGUACAUUCUGAUUAGCACUAGAAGAAGGUAUGACUUGAAAAGAUCCAUCCUCUUCUACUUCAUUCAAUUUUAAUAACAUAUUACAAUAUAGUGUGCUGUUCUGGGCAAAAGUAAAUUGCUAGUUUUAAAACUAAGGGAGACAAAAAUUAAUUUGUUUGCCAUAUAGGAACCAUGCUAGCAUAGUUAGCCUAAAACUAUUUAAAAUAUGCAAAGACAUUUAAAACUUAACCAAAGACCAGUGAUAUAUAUAUUUUUUCUCUUUAGGAGUUAAGACAUACAUUUAAAUUCAUCAUGAGUGUUUUCUCUCCAUUUUCUGUUUAAAAAGACAAUGUGUGAGCCAUGUACCAGGAACAUGUUUUAGUAUAGCUCUAUUUACCCAAGGCCACACAAGUCAGAAAAUUACCUUUCUUUUUUCUUUUUGUUUUUUUCGAGACAGAGUUUCUCUGUGUAGCUUUGGAGCCUGUCCUGGAACUCACUUUGUAGCCCAGACUGGUCUGGAACUCACAGAGUACCACCUGGCUCUGCCUCCCGAGUGCUGGGAUUAAAAUCGUGUGCCACUGAUGCCUGGCUACCUUUCUUAACUUUAAAUAGAUAAUACGCUGCUCUACAGAACAGAACACAAAGUGGAAGGAUUAUUCAUGUGAGGGUGGGUAACAGGGAGCCUUCGGGCCUAAGUUUAUUUGGAAGUCUUAGAAGUUAAGUGUGUCACAGAAAGAAACGCCUUGGCUUCCACCUUUUCUGUCAGAUUCUACCACAAAGUUAGAUUUAAUGCUGACAUUUUAGUCUCAUCAGUUCAAGAGCCUGCCCUUUACAGGUCAUCGCUCAGACCCGCCUUGUCUUAUAUUUGCAUGCCCCCCUGCUCAGUGCGUGUUCUCACCACACCACACUGGAACUCGGCCACUCCCACACUGAACACCAUCCCUUCCACUCCUAGGACUGACUCUCCAUCAUCCUUACCUUAGUGUCCAAAUUUAAGUGACUCAAAGUUUCCCUUCGUUUGUGUAUUCCUUAUAAACAGACAUUGCUAUCGUUCAGAGGAAACAACGUCCACAAGACAGCCUGCAUCAUUGUGCAGUUCUGUUUUUAGCCAGUUCUCUGGGUCUGAAAUGUUCUAGCCAUCUACAUUUGCCUAGAACCCCCUUGGGAGAUUGUACCAAAAUAAUUUCUUAUUAUCUGGCAAUACAAAAACAUAUUAAAAACUAUUGUAGAUUCUGAUCACUUGAAGAGCAGGCAUGGCUUCUGAACGUCUGUAGCUUUUUGUUUUUUGUUUGUUUUUUGGUUUUUUUAUUUUACCAAAUCACAGUUGCCCACCUAUAUAAAAAACAUUUCCUGAAGUGAAAUCUAAGAAGAUCAUGGUAUGCUGCCAUCAUCACAAUUUUAAUUUCUUCAUGUAGGUGAGGUUUCUGAUAACGUUUCCACCACUUUUUUCUCAUGUAGAGAACUAUGAGGCUUAGUGCAACUCAUCAGAACAGCAGAUUGUAUACAGUGUGUAUAUCUAUACUCACUUGAUAUUUUUACCUUUAGAAAUUUAUUUUUGGAACAUCAUCAAGAAUGCUCACAAUAGUUUAGUUCCCAGAGAUUAUCGUAAGCCCACAGGCUCCUGUUUUGAGUGUUCCCAGCUGAUGGAAUUACUUGGGGGAGGUUAUGGAUCCUUUAGGAAGUGAGACCUGCCUAAAAACAAUAGACUACGGAGGGUGAGCCUUUGAAGGUUUUAGCCAAGGCCCUGGACCAAGCCCCUUUCUCUGCUUCCUGUCCCAGCGUGAUGCAAAUAGUCUCUGCCCCGUGUUCCCACCACUUCCCUGGCAUACCUCCCCUGUCAAAAGGUACCAAACUCUACACAUCUGUGAAUGAUGAAUGUGAAUUGUCUUUUCUCCUUUUUCUUCCUGUCAGGGAUUUUUCAUCACCAUGACAAAACUAAUACUGUCUGAUAACAAAGAAUUGUUUUGAUGAAAUGGAACCAGAACAGUGUGAUCAAAAGGAGAUACUAAGUCAGAGUAAGUAAGAUAGACCAUAUAGCCAUUAAAAAGCUUCAAAAAAGUGAUUGGAAAGAUGUCUCAGUGGUUAAGAGCACUGGCUAGUAUUCUAGAGGACCCAGGUUCAAUUCCCAGCAUCCACAUGGCAGCUCUACAGCUGUCUGUGAACCCCAGUUCCAGGGAUCCGAUACCUUACUUAUUUAUCAUGGAGGCAAAACAUAAAAUAAUUGUUUUUUAAAAGUUUCAAAACAGAGCAUAAUGCGUCCUAUAUUUAUAUCUAUAUGUGCAUAGAUAUUUAAUAUGUUAAAUGAUUUUAAUCAACUUUUAUGAUUUUUUUGUCUUGAUUUAAUUGACUUAUCUAAACUUUCUGAAGUUCUAUAAUAAGUGCACAUUGCUUUUAGAAAGAAAUCAAAACCGAGAAAUGGAAGAUGCAUACCAAAUAAUCAUUUAGGAGCCUAUCUACAGUCCCUAAAGCAAUCUCUUUAAGUGCAGGAGAAAGCCACUGUCCUUAUGGUCAGACAGAAAAGUCAUUCUAACGGAGACACCGGGAGAUAAAUAUACCUGCAAAUAGGUGGAUGGAUGGGCCAGGCAAGGUUGGAAAGGUUGCUAGACUAAAAAGAUUAGGGGGGCCCUAAUUUCUGCACAGCGUUUGGAGAACAUUGGCAUGUAACUUCUGCUUAGUCUAGUAACUUUUUUCUUUCUUCAAGCAUCCAUGUAUCUUUUUUUUUUUAAAAAAUGAAAUUGAUGGUACACUCUCACUUUGAGUAUUUUUUUAAGUCAGAACUUUUUGUAAUACUGGUUCAUUUUCCUUGUUUCUAUUUUCUGAAGUCAGAGAAUGGUUUAAAAUUUGUAGAAGUUGGCAAAAGCUGGUCUGUGGAAAUAAUGCCUUAAUAAAAAGAAAAGUUGACUCACAGA